CCGGAUUAGGGACUUUUCCCUGCUCCCCUCCCCGGGUCGGCAGAGGGGCAGCUUCCACGGCGGCGACCCCAGCGUGGCGACGUCAGCGCUGCGGUGGCGCCCAGUGGCGAUCGCAGCGCGCUCUGGUAGCGGACUAGCUCAGUCGGCCUUGCAUCGGCAACCCUGGCACACUGGCAAGCCUGCAAGGCACGCCACGCACCACCACACCUUGUGGCUUCAGUCCGGUGCAGUCGUCCCGUCCGUCCGGUCCGGCAGUCGGUCCCGCAUCAUCCAUCUUGCUGGCGUCGCAGCGUCACUUUACUGCCCUGAUACGCAGUCCGUGUGUGAGCGCCUGUGUCAGCGGUACGCUGUGGCCGUGAGCUCGGACGACAGCGUCGUAGAUCGCCAUGCCGCCCAAGAAGCAUCCCGCCGUGGAGGGCAAGGCCGGUCCGUCCCGGGGCUCCAGUCGCGGCGCGCCGUCCGCGAGGGCGUCGUCCAGCAGGGCGCGCGGAGGCCGCCGCGCCGCUGCCAGGGGGAGAGGCGCCUCGUCGUCGGGGGGCAACAUGGGCGACACGUUCCUGGGCAAGCUGGUGACGAACCCCGGCGUGAUGGGCGACUUCAUGAAGUUCUACGGCACGCUUGCGAAGGCGCUGGAGAAGCGCGACAAGAAGAAGACCGCGCAGCGGCUCGGUUUCGGUGGAGACGACGAUGAUAGUGAUGACGACGACGAGGACUCCAGUGACAGCCACGACUCCGACAGUGGCGAGGAGAGUCCCGGAGACGACCUGGACGGCUUCGCGCGCCGCGCCCUGUCCGGCAUGGCCGCCAAGAUGGGCGGCGUCAGCGACCUGAAGUUUGGCGAGGCGCGGCUCGACCGCUCCUCCGACGAGGACUCCGACGAGGACGAUUCGGACACGGACCACGAGAUGAACGAGAUGGUGUACGUGUGGAACGCCGUGGAGAGCAGCAGCAGCGAAGACGAGGCAGAGCAGGCGCAGCCGGGGACGGCCCGCGUCAAGUACGUGCGCUUCCGAGACGAGGAGUUCGCCGCGGCGGUGGCGGCGGCGACGCGCAUCCCCCCGGCUGUCGCUGACCCCCUCAUGCGGACCCGCAAGGAAGACGACUUUUUCUGCGACGUGAAGAAGGACAAGCACAUCGAGGCUGUGCUCAAGGCCCUGGGCAACGGCACCAAGGAUGUGGCGGCCCUUCACCUGGAGGACGCCCAGUGGGCCACCUGCAAGAUGUACUCGCCUCUGCUGGUGAAGCUGCUGGCCAGCUACAAGGAGAGCCUGCGCACGCUGAGCAUGACGAACCGCCUGCUGCUGCAGCCCAACAACGGCAAGAAGAAGGACUGUAUCUGGAAGGUGGUGUCCAGCAUGCCGCACCUGGAGGAGCUACGCCUGACGUACAUGCCGCUGUCCCUGCACUACUACACCUACCGCGGGGAGCUGAGCGUCGAUGACCGCUACGGCCUGCCGUCCACCAAGACCAAGCAGGCGCCCGCCGCGCUGCCCGCCCUCAAGCGCCUCCACCUGCACCUGACGACGGACUGGUUCCAGCAGCAGUUCCGCGCCGCCAUCGACGGCGGCCCCGACUACGAGGACUUCGAGUACGAGAGCGCGGGGGGCGGCGAGCGCGAGGAGGAGCAGGAGGACUUCCUCGAUGUGGCGGCCCUUCACCUGGAGGACGCCCAGUGGGCCACCUGCAAGAUGUACUCGCCUCUGCUGGUGAAGCUGCUGGCCAGCUACAAGGAGAGCCUGCGCACGCUGAGCAUGACGAACCGCCUGCUGCUGCAGCCCAACAACGGCAAGAAGAAGGACUGUAUCUGGAAGGUGGUGUCCAGCAUGCCGCACCUGGAGGAGCUACGCCUGACGUACAUGCCGCUGUCCCUGCACUACUACACCUACCGCGGGGAGCUGAGCGUCGAUGACCGCUACGGCCUGCCGUCCACCAAGACCAAGCAGGCGCCCGCCGCGCUGCCCGCCCUCAAGCGCCUCCACCUGCACCUGACGACGGACUGGUUCCAGCAGCAGUUCCGCGCCGCCAUCGACGGCGGCCCCGACUACGAGGACUUCGAGUACGAGAGCGCGGGGGGCGGCGAGCGCGAGGAGGAGCAGGAGGACUUCCUCGUGACCUGCUGGCCGCCAAGGGGGACGCCAGCGACGCGGUGGUCAAGGCGGCGGCCGUCAUCGCCGGGGCCCCCGGCGACCUGGGCGGGGCUCAAGCAGCUCACGUUCAAGGUGCCCAGCAAGGCGCCGUUCUCCCUCGCGCUGUUCGCCAAGGCCCCCGAGAAACUCGUGCGGAAGGCGCAAGCCAGCUGGAACCAGGUGCUGACCGCCGUGGCCGGGGUGUGCUGCUCGCUGAAGUGCUUGACGCUGGAGGGCUGCGGCUGGAGCGCGGACGCGCUGCACCCCGAUCCUGGACAAGAACCCUUCGCCGAGGAGGGAGUGCUGGACGAGAACCCCGAGCUGGAGCCCCGCCACCUCGCCCUGCUCAAGGACCUGGCCGCCCUGAAGCGCGUGCAGCUCAGCCCGACGCUGCGGCGCGCCGCCAAAGGCUCCGAGCUGGCGACCCUGGUGGCGCAGUGCCAGGAGGAGUGGGCCCGGCGCGGAGUGGGCGUGCAGUGGGGCAAGAAGGCUGCGGACAGCGCCUAG